AUGAUACGCUGCAACUCCAGAAGUCAUCUUCUCGACUGACGAUCUUACGUGACUGACGGCUAACGGAAACUGUCAUGAAGUUAUUGGUUUUGGCGGCGGUUUUGGCCGCCGUGGCGACGGAGCGGCUCAGCGGCAACCAGCCGGAGUCGCAACCUCAAUCGCCCUGGCAAGUCGGAAAACUUUACCGCUAUGACGUCACCUCACACACCUUCGCCCACCAAAAAGGCAGCCCCAAGAGCGGUCAUGCCUUCAAGGCCCGUCUCGUCGUCCGAGCCCGCGCUGCCGACCAGCUGCAGGUCAAGGUGGAAGACCCUCAGCACGCCCAGUUCCAUCAGCAAUCUGAUGACCAGGAACUGCCUCAGGAUCUAAAAUACCAACCGGUCGCCAACCUUGACAAGCCUUUCGAAAUUGCCUUGGAAGGUGGUCGCGUCACAGCCCUGCACCUGCACCCGUCUCUACCGCUGCACUUGGAGAAUCUGCUCAAGGGUCUCAUCAGCACUCUGCAGAUGGAUCUGUCGCCCCACCGCAGUAUCCACAGUGCCCAAGACAACUAUGACAAGGAACAACAGCAAGGUCUUUACAGGAAAAUGGAAACUGACGUCACAGGCGAUUGCGAGACUUUAUACACGGUUUCGCCUGUUGCUGCUGAAUGGCGCCGGGAAUUGCCGAAGUUCGCGUCCGAGGAAGAUCCUAUUGAGAUCACCAAGAGCAAGAACUACGGCCAUUGCCACCACCGCGUUGCUUACCACUUCGGCGUGCCCGACGGUGCUGAGUGGACUGGUACCGCUCACCGACCUGAGGAGGAACAGUUCAUCCGCAGGGCCACUGUCUCGCGCAUCCUUGCCGGUAAACAACAGCGUCCCAUCUACAAGGCAGAGACCACCAGCACUGUGAAUGUCCACCCUCAUCUUUACGGUAAGCAAAAGGCUGAAGUUCACAGUCAUGUGCACUUACAACUUGCAUCCGUCGAACAAGACCACGAACCAGAAUGGCCGCAGCCCGAAGGAAACCAUGUGGCUAAGAAUCUGCUGUACUCCAUGUCACCUAAACAAAUCGCUAGCCAUGACAGCUCUUCCUCCUCUUCGUCCUCGGAAUCUCACGAACACAUCCGCGCUGAAGUUCAAGGUAAGCAGAGGAAGCCCCGUUCUGCUAAGCCACAAAAAGUUAUCGCUAUUAGCAAAGUGAUUGUAAAGCGCAACGAUGAUGACACCAGUGCUUCCUCCAGCUCCAGCUCUGACUCCUCUUCUGCCUAUGUUAACGAUGAGGUGCCCAACAUCAACGAGCCAGCGUACGCCGCCUUAUACAUGAGCCCCCAACAGCACAACGAUAAGAAACAGAACCCAAUGAAUGCUCAAAAGUUGCUGCAAGACAUUGCUCAGCAGUUGCAGAAUCCCAACAACAUGCCCAAGGCUGAUUUCCUCUCGAAGUUUAACAUUCUUGUCCGUGUCAUCGCCUCAAUGAGCACUGCCCAGUUAGCUCAGACCAGCCGUAGUAUCGAGGCAGCCAAAGCCUCGAACAACAAUAUCAAAUCCGACAUGUGGAUGAUCUACCGUGAUGCCGUUGCCCAAGCCGGUACGCAGCCCGCCUUCCAACAAAUCAAGACCUGGAUUGAGAGCAAGAAGAUUCAGGGUGAGGAGGCUGCCCAAGUGGUUGCCAGUUUACCCACGACACUCCGCUAUCCUACCAGGGAAGUUAUGACCCAAUUCUUCAAGCUGGCGAGAGACCCUGAAGUCAAAGACCAAUCCUUCCUUAACACCACUGCCCUGAUCGCUUCGACCAGAUUCAUCAACAUGGGACAAGUGAACAACGAGUCUGCGCACAGCUUCUACCCCACCCACAUGUACGGCCGUCUUGCUCGCAAACAUGACAGCUUUGUCCUGGAACAAAUCCUGCCCCCUCUUGCCGCGGAUCUGCAGCAGGCCAUCGAACGCCAAGAAAGCCACAAAGCUCAGGUGUACAUCAAGGCUAUCGGUAACUUGGGCCAUCCUGAAAUCCUUAAAACUUUCGCUCCUUACCUGGAAGGCCAAAUUAAGGUGUCGAACUAUCUCCGCGUUCAAAUGGUCCAAAACUUACAAGUCUUGGCCCACCAGAAAAACAAGCAAGCUCGUGCUGUCCUCUAUAGUAUCCUGAGGAACACCGCUGAGAACUACGAGGUUAGGGUGGCUGCUAUCCAGAACAUCUUUAUGGCUCACCCCACUGGCGCUAUGAUGCAAGCUAUGGCUGAGAUGACCUACGAAGACCCGAGCGUGCACGUGCGUGCCGCGCUUAAAUCUGGCAUCGAAUCUGCUGCUCAAUUGAAGAACCCGCGUUACUGGAAUCUCGCCAGAGCGGCCGAAAGCGCGAAAUGGAUGUUGACGAAAGAGAAAUUCGGUUACCAACACUCCAUGAAGAAAUUCUUCGACGGUUUCGACCAGGAAAGUGAGCAGGGCAUCUUUGCUGUACUGUCGCAUACUGGUAGCGAGGACAGUCUGGCUCCCAAGCAUCUGAGGUAUUCCGUACGUAGCAAGCAAUCUGGAUGGGACAAGGAAAGCACUAUCCAAGCUUCGUUCUCAAGUGUCAAACACUUCCUGGACAAACUGAAGGACAGUGUCUACGCGACGCCAGCCAAGUCCGAGGGCCACAAGUACUCCGCGGAGAAGAUCGCCAAGAUGCUGAACAUCAAGCGCGAACACAACGAGCCCCUGGAGGCGGCUCUGUACAUCGACCUCAUUAACCAACAGAGAUACUUCACCUUCGAUGAGAAUGACCAGAACCAACUUGUGAAUGACAUCCGCGACUACUUAAACCAAGUUGAAAAGGGCGUCGACAAGCACUACACUAAGGUCCUCAACCAGGCCCAAGUGUCCGUGAUGUUCCCAGUCGCCUCUGGCAUGCCUUUCAUCUACAAAUACAAGGUACCCACCGUUGUACACAUUGAAAGCAAGGCCAAGGGAGAAAUUAAGACUGAUCCCAAGAACUCCCAGAAGUUGCACGUAAAGAUGGACAAGGAGAUUCAGUUUACUUACGCUCGUAAUAUUGACGGAAAUGUUGGUUACAUGGAUACUCUUGUCAACCAGUACGCUAGUGUCGGUGUCGUUAACAAGCUUCAGGUCCACAUUCCAGUGAAAAUGAACAUUGAAGCUAACGAGAAACAGCUUAUGGUCAAGGUUCAACCCCUCCGUCCUGAGCAGGACAACACCAUUCUCCAUUACAGCGUGUGGCCUUACUCCGCGAAUCAAAAGAAGGAUACCUUGGUACCAAUCUCUCUAGAUCCUACCAGCAAAGUUGUCGAGCGUCCUAAGAGAGUCAUGUCCAUUGACUCUAAAUUUGGCCAAUCAAUUGGUAACAUAUUCCACUUGCAAGGAUACUCACAAUCCCAAGAUUUCAAGAACAUUGCUGGAAUUUUCAAAUCCCAGGACGCGCUGUCAAGCAUUGCGUCUAUCUUCUCACAAAAUGAUGUCGCUUUGACGCACUUCAACCUGAGAUACCUCGGUAAACAAUCGCCGAACAAAGCUGUGACUCUCACCGCCGUUUAUGAUGAAUACCACAACCAGAAGAACGCUGGUGAAAUGGGCCCCGUCACCGAAGAGAAGGACUUAAGCCCCAAUAGCGAAGCCCGCCGUCAAUCUAUGGCAAAACGUUCGUCCGCUGGUAUCAACACAGCUAAAGCUAGAGUCGUGGACCUUAGCGCUUCAUUCGAAGGCCCCCAGAAAGCCGAAUAUGUGUUGACUGCUGCGUUGAGUGACAGCCCGGUCGAUCCGAAGAUCCAAGCCGUAUUUGCCGUUAUCAGAAACUCGGCGCACUCUGGCCAGAGCCAAGUGAACGGUGUAGCACACAUGAAGAAACCAGAAAUAGAGCCGUUUAACUCCUUGCAGAUCCUUGACAAAGACUUCCAGGUCACUUUCCAAGCUGAUGUGAAAUACGGCCCGAACGGUAAUAUCCACUUACAAGGACAGGCUCAACGCACCAAGAAAUACGCUGAAGAUCUUAAAAAGCAUCCUCAGGCUAAGAAAUGCGCAGAAGAAAUCGCGAACAACAACAAGUACCAACACAGUUGCCACAAACUGACAUUGGCGGCGCACGCUCCUGACCACUUCCAGAUGUCCAUCAACUACAAGGACGUAGCACCAGCAUACACUAACUGGACGUACCAUGCGGCUAAUCUCGCCCAGCACUACGGCUUCUGGUAUACGGAGACGAACCCUCUUAAACGCAACCCUGAGGGAAAAAUUGACAUUGAAGUGAACAACGACUACAUCGAUCACACCCUGAGUGCUUCGAUGACGACUAAGUACGGACACGUUCGCGUUAGUGAUGUCCCGAUUCCCAAAGGAUCUGCGAGGAUUUUGGCCAUCUACCAUCCCUUCAAGCCUCAGGAGCGCGCUGCUAACGCCUACACCCGCCACCAAUACCAACCUUACUGCUCGGUUGACGGCACCAAAGUCCAGACCUUCAGCAGACGCAGCUACGAAUACCAGCUGACGAGCUCAUGGCACGUUGUGCUUCAGGACCAGCGCAGCCAACAUGGCUUUGGAGACGAUCUCGUCAUCUUGGCCAGGAAGCCCAAACCCGACCAGCAAGAGGUCUACAUUUCGUACAAGGAUGAAAGCGGCAAGGACUUGGAAAUCGAAAUCAAACCUGACCCAGAAGGCAAGAACAACCACAAAGUCGACGUCAAGACCAACGCCAAGAAGGUGUCCGAGGGUGAACUUACCACCUACUGGGACGACGCUAGGGAGCAGCCUCUGCUCGAGUACCACUCCAAACACCAGGUUCUGGAGCUCAACAUCGCGAACGACAAAGUAAGAGUGAUGUACGACGGCCAACGACUGGUUGUGCUGGCCAGCGAGAACCGCAAGUCCGCCCGAGGCAUCUGUGGACCCAUGACGGGUGAACCCCGCGACGACUAUCAAACUCCUGAUGGUUUAGUCGACCAGCCUGAACUGUACGGCGCUUCCUUCACUCUCAGCGACGAGAACGCUGAUCCCAAAACCCAGGAACUGAAGAACAAGGCUAAGACACAAGCAUACCAGCCCCAGACCAAAUACACUGCAAUUCUACACUCAGACGACGAAUGGAACCAGAAAGACGAAUCAUCGAUGGAGAAUGAGUACGAUUCUGAUGCCGUGUACAAGUCAAGGAGCUACAACAAGAAGAAGGGGCCUUGCCAAGUAGAGCACCAGGUGCAGUACUACGAGAACCAUGGCGAGAUUUGCAUAAGUACCGGUAAACUGCCGGCUUGCCAGUCGCACUGCGUCGGUGGUGCGUACAAAAUCCAACCGGUUCAGGUCUCCUGCCGUCCUAAGUUUGACCAGCAGUACCGAGCGCUCAGAGACCAGAUCAAGCAGGGCCAGAACCCUCAAGUCUCUGGAAUGAGCAAGUCGAAGCAGUUCAAAGUACCCAUAUCUUGCAAAGCUUAAGAUAUAAGGCGAGAAUAAGGAUCAAGAUAUUAUUUUUAUUGUAUAUAUUGUUAUAUGACUAUUUUGGUAUGUUGUAUAGUAUUUAUAUAUUGAAAUUUAUCUGAUUUAUGUAUUAUGUUUAUGUAUUUAACUGUUAUUUUAUGUUAUGUUAGUAUUAUUAUAAAGUAGAAUAGAAAUAAUGAGCAAAUGUGAAAAAUACAAAAAAAAAAGAGAAUAAAUAAUAAAGAAUAUAAUCAUAAUAAUUUA